AGUUUGAAAAUGAGAGCCGUGUUUCAAUAGCGUUGAAAGUUUUUUUUCAGUCAUUAAAUCAGUUAGAAAAUCAGUUCAAUCUUAUAUAUUGUGCACGGUGAUAAAAUUUAUAGUGCUAUGUGAAUUGAAUUCGGCAGAAAAGUGCUAACAUAUAUAUUUAUUGUGCGGUUAAUAGAAUAACAAAAAAAAAAUAAACCUUUCAGUGAUUUACGAUGGUAGUCAACUCCGGAGAAAGUUUAUUUGAUUCUCUAUUGCGAUAACAAAUUUGAGUAAUUGGUUUGUUUUUAUGUUAAACUUAUUUUCCACGGUAUUCUUUAACCAGUAAACUGCUACAAUAUGUUAUAAUUUGAUAAAAAUAUGGCGUACAUAACCAAAUCAUUAACAAUCGUGAUAACGUUAAUGUCAUUAUGUAAAACUGUGAUUAUGAGUUCUUACGAAUAUAGUUACAAUCCAUACGCUAAGGAGUAUACAAAAAACAUUUAUCUGAAACAAGGUGAGUUAAGAGGAAUAAUAGUGGAACCUAAAAUCGACCGAGAGGAUAGUUAUCGAGUAGGUGUGUAUCGAGGUAUUCCUUACGCGGCGCCUCCAGUUGGUGAUUUGAGAUUCAUGCCAACUGCUGGUGCACCUUCUUGGUUUGGAGUUAAAUACGCUGACACCUUUGGACCAGUUUGUCCACAAAAGUUUCCAGAUGAGAGGAAAAUGCCAUCGUUUAGGAAAGAAUAUUUUCUCAAAUUGAAGUCAUACCUGCAAAACCAGAGCGAGGAUUGCUUGUAUUUGAAUAUUUAUGCUCCUCUAACAGAGCAAGAUCCAGCUUCAAGGAAGUAUCCUGUGAUGGUAUAUAUACACGGUGAAUCAUUUGAAUGGAAUUCAGGAAAUCCUUACGAUGGAUCUGUUUUAGCUGCAUAUGGUAAUGUUAUAGUUGUAACAUUAAACUUCAGAUUGGGUAUAUUGGGGUUUUUGAAAGCUGGUACCGAAGAUACCUCUCGAAGUAAUUUUGGACUGGUAGACCAGAUAGCUGCGCUCAUAUGGAUAAAAGAUAAUAUAGUUGCUUUUGGAGGUGACAGCAAUUCUGUGACGUUGUUUGGACAUGGUACUGGAGCUGUAUGUGCUAGUUUGUUGAUGAUAAGUCCAAUGAUCAUCAUGGGUAAUGAUCGUUUAUUUCACCGAGCUAUUCUAAUGGGAGGUACGGCGCUGGCAGAUUGGGCGUUAGCCGGUAAUCCUGGCGAGGUCACGUAUCAAGUAGCAAAAGCACUUAACUGUCAAAUACAUGAUGAUUUUGCCGAGUGUUUGCGAAGAAAAAGGUUGGACGAAAUCAUGACAGCGGCAGCAAAUACUCGAGACUACAAAACGCGGUUUGGUCCACUAGUAGAUUCUCUAGUGGUACCAAACGAUCCAAAGAAAUCUAUGACUCAGUACAAUGAUAUUUUUCGCAGAUUUGAAUUAUUGUAUGGAGUAACAGAAAUAGAAAGCAUAAAUCUGUUGGACCCCGUAGCGUUAAGCCAAGGGCUCCUCUUAAAAGAACGCGAUCAAGAGCUCCGCACAUACUUCCGUUCCCGGUGUGAAAUUAAGCCGGAACUCUGCUUGCAACGAACGCUCGAUGAGUACGGAGCAAACGACAUUUCCCAAACAUAUAAGGCGAACGAUCCAGUUUACGGUUAUAGGGCUCACGAACCCGAUCAGGCAUCACAGGCCAGAGAUACUCUACUUGAUAUCUUAUCCGACGCUCGUUCUGUGGCGCCGCUGGUGCAAAUGGCGAGAUAUCACGCUACAGUCAACAUGCAGUCUUAUUUUUAUGUCUUUAAGCACAAAACACAUUCUCGAGAGUAUAUAAGAGACAAGACUUACAAUGGUGAGGAGCUACCGUACGUUUUUGGGGUUCCUUUAGAUGGACCAAAGUUUCAUUUCGUCGACUCUUACACCGAGCAGGAACGUUUGUUUUCGGAAAUAGUUAUGAUGUAUUUCUCCAACUUUGCGGAAACGGGAAAUCCUAAUGUACCCAGGAGAGAACAUUUCAGUAGCUUGAGUCCGGCUUAUUGGACUCAAUUCGAUGUGGAAUGGCCUGAGUUCGAUACCAAAGACGAGAGAUUUUUGGAACUAGAAAUUCCUCCACAACCACAAAUGCACUACAAGAAACAGAAGAUGAAAUAUUGGAACGACAUAUUUCCGACAAUAACAGAAAACCUUACUUUCCAUUUACAUCCAAUAUCGCAUCCUACUACGAAACCAAUAUAUGGUGUAUACGGCACUCCAUCAGUACCACGGAGGACACCUCCCCCUUGGUUGUACGAUCAUCUGCCAAAUAAAUAUGAAAAUUUCAAUAAGCCUUACAAAAAACCAAACGAAAAUUACGGAGUGGUGAUAACACGCGGUAACGAUCGUCCUGAUAAUAUUGUUGAAACAACUUAUGGGAAAAUUAUAGAAGCUCCUUCGAAAGAAUUGAAACAAAGUUCAACAAUGAAUAUUCUUUCAGUUGCCGGAGGUCUUUUUCUUGUGGCAAAUCUCAUCCUAUUCGUCAUUUUGUAUUUCAAAUGCUACAAAAAGAAAAAUCAACCAUCGAAAGAUGAUGAUAUCAGUCAACCAACUGAUAAUGAGAAAAAGGAAAAAGAUAAUGAAGCUUUCGUUUUAGAUGGAUGCAAUAUAGUAAGAAUGAUAGGUAAAUCUUCUAAGGGCGAUGACACUUAUGAAGCAGUUAGACCUGAAUCAUCCCCAAACUAUGAACUUACUAGACAAAUGUCUGGUAGUACUAUUGACGCUCAUACCAAAGUACGCGAAUGGAUAACACAAGAAAUCAUACAAAAAUAUAGUCCUAAAAUAUUCAGGAGAAAUCGACAUGGAGUCAAUAGUAGAACAACGCCAGUUGAGUUCAAAAUUACCACGGAAAGUAAAAAGUCGGUGAUUCAACCUUCUACAGUACCUCCAGAAGUUAUUCCUAAGACCUCAACUAUACGAAGACCAAAACCUCCUAAAGUAUCCGUAGAAGUUGAUGCUACGCCAUCUGGAAGAGGACCAAGCGUUUUAAUGCAACAACCAAUUGAAUUGUUAAAAUCCCUUGAUUAUUCGCAUUUAAAAUUUGAGAAUGAAACGCCAUUGAGAAGAUCUUUGACUUUGGAAGACUUUUCUUUAAGACCUAUGGAAAACAUAAAAGGGCUCACAAGAAGUACUAGUACUAUAAGUGUCAAAACUGCUGACAUUGAACCGACUAUUAUAAAAAUACAACACAAACAUUCAGCUUCUGAUCCAGUACAGGAUUUAGAGUAUACAACUAAAAGAAAGUUGAAAACGUUUGAUUCAAAUGCCGAUAUAAAUGUAACAUCGAGAGAUGAUCAUAAUAUAGUAGCAGCACCUCUCUCUCCUGAAGAGUCCUUAAAUAUAAUUAAAAGAAGAAAUUUUCCAAAGGUACUACCAGAUCAUCCGGGAAGAGCAGCACUUAUCACUAAGAGAAGAUCCAUGCCUAUACCAUAUACACAUCCUUUCCCGGAAUUCAAUAAAUUUCCUCCUGUGCCACCUCCGAGGACUUCAACCCUCACUAAGCAGUCGAGUGCUCCCCACCCAGUCUUCAUAUCUGAACCAACGUUAGCAGAAGAGCCAGAGGAGGAACCGGAAACCGUUUGUAAUAACCUCUAUGUAGGUCCUCUAAUACCCAAAAGUAAGACUGAUAUAAAUAAAGAAAAACCUGUAACUGAGAAAGAUUGUAAGACGUCACUUAUCGAACCAGUAUAUGCCAGUAUUACUCCAAAAACAAAAACAGUUCCAAACGUUAAAAGACUUGAUCCUAAAGUGAUUAUAAAACCAACAAUUAAUCGAAAGCCUAGCGACGAUAAACCCACUAAACAUGUUCCGAGGGUAGUUGUGCCAGAUAAUCAACCGUACAUGCAAAGUCAUAUCACCGAAACAAAGACUGAAAAUAAAUCUGAACAAAUUAAAAAUAAGAGUGAACAAGAGAAAAAAGAUACGAGUUCGGAAAAGAGGUCACAAAUUCCAAUGUUAGUGAAAGCACCUACCAAUCGGCUCAAUCCACAAUCACUUAGUUCAGAUUCGACACCAACUUCUGAAGAAUCAGACACAGGGACCGUUGUCAAGAAAAUCUAAGUCUAUUAUGAUUCUUUGAUACAUACAAAUAUCACGUUUGGAUAAACUAGGAUAAAAAAUACAUAAUAGGAAAAAGCAUUAAAAAAAAUGAAAAUAAAAUAGCGUCUGUUAACUUAUUUUAGUGGAGAAACUGUCUCAUAACUUCGAAGUUGUUAGGAUAAUUACAACUUUGCUUCAUGUUCACAAUGAAUUGAAACGUUAAUUAUGAUAUUCGAACACAUCAAAAAUCACUUACUGAUCCUCUAAAAGUUUCCAAUGUUAUUAGUAUCGAAGCAAAUAAUUUCUAUAUAGUUAACUUAUGAUUUGGGACACUCUAUAGUUGUAAUACGUUAUUUCCAAGUGACCCUCAGUGAUUAUCCUAAUUUACCAAAAUUGAGAAUGGUCGUCUGUCAGCCCGAUAAUCAUGCAAAUGAUUAGUACUCCAGAAAAGAAGGCAAUAUCCACAAAAAAUGGAUUUCAAUAUUUUUUAUGUAUCACAAAAAUUAUUCUCCCAGAUAAUCAGCAGAAGAAUUUGAAUGAGUUGACUUGUUUUUUGUAUGCAACUGUGCCCAUCUUCCCUAUCGUGAAAGACCAGUAAAGCUUUGUCUGACGGGGAAAAUGCAUUUGUGCAUUGUGCUUGGAUUCAAAAGUUGACUGACUUCCACUACCAACUAAAACCACCUUUUCUUCCAAACACUAACUUGUAACUGUUUGAAAUAAAAGUUGAAAAGUUCCCAGAAAAACUAUAGCCAGGAUAUUAAUGAAAACUCACUAUCAAACUUCAGUUAUCAUUAACAAAGUGUAAUAUCAAAUAAAUGAAGAUUGAUCUAUCAUUGAAAUUGAGUCAACAUCUUUUGAUCUCAUUACUUCUAUCAUGAAUUGGAAUAUCAAUUGCGGUGAUUCGUUGGAUACAGGUGAAUAAGAUAACUGUAUGAUUGUAUGGAAUUCCUUUUAUAAAGAUAUUCCUCAUAGCCGGUAUAUAUACAUGAAAACCUAGACCAUGAAAGUUUUCGAAACAUUUAGUUUGAGAAAUUUGACAUAUAUGUAUUUCGAAAAGAGGGAUGCAUGAUUAUUUUGAAAUAAUGAUUUUACUCUUGAAUACGCAAUUGAAAACAAGAUAUAUAUCAUUAUGAUCCCAAUAUAAAAAAAAUAUUCAAUCUAAUGAAAGAAAGUAUACAGUUUAACACUAGAAACAUACCUGAAAGUCUUAUUAUGCCAGAGAAAUAGUAUCGAUAGGUACUACGAUGUAAAUCAUAUUUCACUCAUAAUUGUAUUAAUAUAAAUAUAGUGAGGAUCAGGGUAUUAUAUUGAAGCAAUAAGAAUAUACUCGUACAUACUAAAAAUUUUACGCCUAAAGUUUGUAUCAAUAUAACGUUUGGAUAAUCAUAUAUGCUAUCAAUUCAUAAUGUUUAUUGUGAACUUUGGUACACAGGUGAUAUAUCGAUCUAUAUAAAGCAGCUUGAGGCCAACUAAUAGAUAUAAUUAUGUAUUGUAUUUAUAUUAGACCUAGAUAUAUGUUUGAUUUUAACAAUUUCAAAUACAAGGUGUUCACAAAUAGAAACGUAACUUGUUAAUAUUGCGAUUUGAAUAGUUUCCUAGAAGAAAUUCUUUUAUUAGGUGUAUAUUUUUAUUGAGGAUGUCUAAAAUUCCAUUGAGUUCACGGAAAAGGAGAAAAAACGAUUUUUUUGUUUACUAUGAUCGAAAAAGUGGGCUGAUUGUGAAGUUUUACAGAAAAUCCUUGUGCAUCCAUUCGGCAAAGUGAAAGAUCGUCAUAACCAUAGAAUGCAAUGAAUAAAAAAUAGAUCCAGACCACUUAUCUACAAUUAAAUACAGCCACAAUUCGCUUUUGGACAUGCAGAAGGAGACAUCUCAAAAAUACUUGUUUUGAACAAGCAGCAAUUAGAAAUUUUGCAAUAUUUUGACGAUAGUAUUUAUAAAACAACGUGUUCAAUCAAAUUAUGUUUUUUUCUUCUCAAGAAAUAACUCUAUUUUUUUAUAAAGUGUUUAAAGAAAAAAAUGGAAAUCUGAGAUUUAUAAACUUAUGAAAUGAAGUAAGUAAUCUCAGGGACACAAAUAAUAACCGGACAUCAAUAUGAGGUAACUCAUAAGACGCUAGAGAAAUUUUUAUAAAACUACUGAAAAAUCUCGUCAUUUGAAUUUUUUUUCUUCUCCUCGGCUAAGACUUUGAAAGGCUCUUCUGAAUUAUAAAUGUUUUUAUAAAACACCUUUCCAUAAGUCUUAUCGUACUUUAUCCAUCUAAACAACUUUCCAUAGAAAUUUGUCUCCAUUUUUGUUUAAGUUUUUUAGUUGAAAAGUUGUUUUCGAGAAAUUGGCAAAAUUAAAAAAAAAUGGAAUCUUUUAAUUUCCAUCACUUUGAUUAGACGUUUUUUUUCCACAAAGACUUACCAGUUGAUACCAGUCUCGAGGAGAUUUAAUGCAUUAAUCAAAUUAAAAAUUUAUGAUCCACCACUGAAAGAGUAUAGAGCUGCAUUAGAAUAAUAAACAUUAUUGCAACAUGUGAAUUCUUAUUCUCCAUAACCUCCAUAGUUGUCGGAAUAUAGUAUAAAAUACUUAAAAUCCUCACCUUAUGAUGAAAGCUGCCUAUAUAAACAAUCGGUUAGCACCUCUGCCAAAUAUAGCCUCAUGCCACAUGGAAUGAAAAACGCUUUCAUAUUUUUUUAUUCGAGAAUAAUGACUUUUAUAGGAUGGCACAGAAAGGAUGUGUCUUUUAACCAUAUCAAAUUUUGAAAUUACAAUUUUGUUUGUUGGUUCGUGACGUCCCCCUUGAGCUCCUUUUGUUAUUCUAGGGACUUUUUUUUCUAAUAACACCAUCUAGGUAUAUAUUUAUUUGUCCUAAAUAUUUUUUAAAACACACUUCGCAAAUGUCGACUAAUUCACCAGCUGCUCAGAAAUAAAAUUUAUAUAUCUAAUUGUAAGUUUUUAAAUUGAAAUAUUUUAACUCUAAAAUAAACUGAUAACUUUUAGUUGGAAGUACAGUUGCCUCCGUUUGUACAUCUUCAAAUUACUGAAGAAGAGUGUCUAACUUAUCUCAUUUUACUCUUAUUUAGACUUCUCUCCUUUUUCACAUGCAAGAGCGAGUUUUAGAUAAUUUACUGAUUCUGAUACUAGAUGUAUGUGGGAACCUAGAACAUGAAAUAUGGAUUGGGAGAAGGGUCAGUGAGAUCCAUUGAUUCAGCCUACAGACUAUAAUAUUUGAAGAUGUCCUGAAAACGUUGGAUACUAAUCAAAAUCUGAUAGUCACGAUGAGCGGAGGAAUGUAAUAGGUACUAUUGAUAAUUUUUAUAAUGGAUUUGAAUACUGUCCAAUACAGAUUUGAAAUCAGUUGGAACAUCUAAUUGAAUAAGUUCUUCGUUCCUUUUGAUAAUUUUUGUGAGAAAAAUAUCACUGUUCUAAAUAUUUUUUUCAAUUAUAUACUGAUAUUUUUGAGAAUUUGUUAAUACUUUAAUUUAGUAUGAAAAUACUCUCUUAUAAUCAACAUAUGUACGAGUAGUUGAUCUAAAUAAAUUUUUUUUUAAAUUUCAUAUACAUCGAAAUAUUAGCAGGUUACCUUAAUUUACGAUGACACUGUAUGAUAUUUGAAAUAUAUGUUGAUUCAAUAGUAUUGGAAUAUUCAUGGUAAUUUAUUCUAAUUUAAUAUAAUCAAUAAAAAUUU